AUGUUAUCAAGAUGCCAAAACAAGAUCUACAAGGCUUUUAAAGGAUCACCACGUCAAGUUAUACUCGCGAGGCGGCGAGAGAAUGGCGCAGGCUCGGGGUCGAUGCUGAGGUCACGGCGUCGCGACGUCAACGUCAAGCCCAACCGUGUGUUGGACCGCAACUCGUCACGUGGCAUGAUCUACGAGAACGAGGAGCUCCGGCUUCGCACCAUCAACAUCAAUGCCGAGGUUGAACGCGGGCAGCAUGACAUCAAGAAACUGCGGAGAGAGAACGAGACACUGAGAAGAGAGAUUUGGAGUUUGAGAGAGGAGUAUGACAGACUAGAAGCUCUUCUCAAGAGCAAGCAGCACCAGAAUGAUGACGCUGAGGAAUCCGAGGAUGAGGAUAGUGACGAGAAAGAUGAGGCUGAUCAGGAUAAUGCAUCGAAUCAGGAAAAGGUAUCGAACAAGGACAUCGACAUGCUAAGCGUGGUGGAAGAGGAGCCGGAAGACAACUCAACAGAGGGAGAUGGAGAUAGGAUGAGCCAGCAGCAGAAGCGAGAGGGAAACACUCUCAGCGAGGGACUCCCUUCUCCUUUCCUCACUAUUUCAGAUGCCGCAUUUAUCGAACAAUCAGGUAAUGGACCAAUGAACGGAAUCAACUAUCAUCCAGAGUCUAUCAUUCCACCACAUCAAGACCAAAGUCCUGUAGCACCAGAUGCUGCCAACAGUCAGGGAGGAAUACCGGCUGUGUUCCCUGAAGACUUGGAACAACUUAUAAGAAACUGCACGUUCCCAGUGGAUCCUGCCGACAUGUACCGUCCAUCUGCCGAGCCCAACCACAACUUCAUGACAUCGGGUAACAACAAUUUCAGAAACCCUCGAACUACGAACCCAACAGGCCUCACUUCGAGCCCCCCAGGAGUCCCGCAGGACCCUUCAUCGCAAGAUCAGCUAUCGACCUCCGAGGUUCCAAACCCUGCCAGAGGUGGGCCGACCCUGUCUGACGACCUGAGGUGUCAACCGUACGCGGGACAAAGUCCGUCGUUCCUGAGACUCAACUGCGUCCAUCCACACACGGUUUUCUUUCCAGUAAACAGUCCUGAGUUCAGUAAUCUUACGGUGCAAGAAGUAAUAGACGCCCUCUCAGACCAACUCCCGGCGCUGAGAGGAGUACGCCUUGUAGGAGGCGCCUGCUAUCUCAGCUUGGCAACAGACGCCGACGCCAAGACUCUUCUUUCGGCGACGUCCCCCCUAGCACCCACCCUGCGAGGCGUCCGACUCCCCUUACAGGACGCCUCCCUGGGCACAGCGUUUGUCGCCCUCACCGGAGUGCCGCACCAGGUCACCGACGCCCAGGUGGCUGACGCGUUGGCGCCGUUCGCUACUGUCGUGGAACCUUCAAUUUAUAACCAAUUCUCUCAACAGGUGCAAGAAGUAAUAGACGCCCUCUCAGACCAACUCCCGGCGCUGAGAGGAGUACGCCUUGUAGGAGGCGCCUGCUAUCUCAGCUUGGCAACAGACGCCGACGCCAAGACUCUUCUUUCGGCGACGUCCCCCCUAGCACCCACCCUGCGAGGCGUCCGACUCCCCUUACAGGACGCCUCCCUGGGCACAGCGUUUGUCGCCCUCACCGGAGUGCCGCACCAGGUCACCGACGCCCAGGUGGCUGACGCGUUGGCGCCGUUCGCUACUGUCGUGGGGACUGUAGAGAGGAGAAUCUACCGCGGCAUAGACACAGGAGAACGACUAGCCAGACUUCGCCCCAAACUUGCCAUCCCGCGCUUCCUGUGGUUUGGGGGAUGCCGUGCCAUCCUACGCCUCAUGAAAGAGGAAGAGAUCGGCGCUCUCGCUCUCGCACGUCGCAAAUCGUUCCGCUCUCACCUCCACAUCAAACUCAAAACAGACUCCUCAUCACCGCCACAAGUGCCACCUCUCCCCAAGGUCAACCUGGGCCAGAACAGUGUGGCCCAGAGUGUGCCCAAUUUGGUACCAGUUACCACCUUGUCCAACUCCCCACCAUUGAUCGGAUUCUCAACCACACAAAGUGUCCCAGAUUUGACGGUGCAACCCCCUCCACAACCACAGAAGCCUCAACAGUUCUUCUCAUCGACAACCGGCGCUUCCAACAACGUGUUUCUGUUUCCACCUCCAGGUACACCUCUGGGAUCCCCGGGUUCUUCCUAUAGGAGACACAGCAGUAUUGUGCCACCUUCACUAGGGAACCAGCCUCAGAUGCAGACUGGAAGUCUUGGUGGUCAAACUCAUAAUGUACAACCGAGUGGUCAUUCUCAUAAUGUGCCAAAUGGCAAUGUACCUAAUGUUCAUAAUGGGAAUAUACCAAAUGUGCAUCCCCAUAAUACCAAUGUACCUAGUGUACCUCCCCUGAAUUUACUAGGGGGUGCGGAUUCUGGGACACACCCCCACCACCAAAGAUCCCAAAGCACCCCACCGGUACCAAACCCCAACCCUUCCCCUCUCCCCACCCGCCGACAAAACAGCCAAAGCGACUCCGAGGCCCCCAAACAACCGGACACCCCCAAAACGCGUCGAAUCUCCCGGAAACUGUCCAAAACCGGAAGCCAACCCAACCUGACACCGCUAGACACGAAAAAAGCGAACGGAGACGCAUCAUCUUCUUCCGGUCAAGACUCACCGUCGAAGCCAAGUCGACGCCGCGCGUCGGUCUACUUCAAACGGCCCGGCUCGUUCAGACGCCAGACGUCGAUGGAUGGGAUGGAGGGUGGAGGCGAGAUGACUACCACCUGCAGUGAGAGAGAGAGGAGUAACAGUGACGUCAGCAGUAGGACUAGUGGAGGAUGUAGGCGCAAAAUGAGUGAGACCGGCAGGGAAGUGGGGAAAGUGCCCUGGUGUGGGUGCUGGGGUAAUGGGUGUCUUUGA